AUGCAUCUCGUCGCAUUCAUGGCCGCGAGCCUCGCCAUCCAACUACCUUACGCUCUUGCAACGCCUCAUCGCCGAGAUGUAAAGUGCGAGAAUAAAACUAAUCCUCUACCUGGUCAGACAUGUGCGAUCUUCGCUGAAGAUUGGAACAUGACUUUGAAUGAGUUCAAGGCGCUGAAUCCCGGCGUCGAGUGUCCUGACCUUGAUCCAGUUGGUAGUUACUGUGUCAAAGGGACUGCCGACAAAGAUGAACCAGCCGGCGUUGGAUCCAAGACGGCAAAGCCUACGUCUGUUACUGAGCCAACUGAGCCAUCAUACGGCGAGAUGCCCGACGCCCCUUUUGAUGUAGAGUCCUUUUCGAUCCCCAAUGCGGACGACGAGUCUUCUGCAGAGCCAACUGUUCCUCAAAAACCCUCUCCUGUGGAUGAGUGCUGUGGAAACGGCAUCCAAACCCCAAAACCCAUUCAACAAGGCAUGGUAGCCAACUGCAACAAAUUCCAUUACAUUGAAUCUACAACCACCUGCCAAGGCGUCCUCGAUCGUUACAAGAUAUCCCUUGCCGACUUCAUCAAGUGGAAUCCUGCCGUUGGAGAGGACUGUACCAACAUGUGGGCGGGGACCAACGCAUGCGUCCGUGUCAAAGGCUACACUUCAUCUGCAACGAGAGACAUCAAGCCCAACCCAGUAGCCGACAAUCAAUCUGCGACGCCUUCACCUGUACAGGCGGGUUUGGUUAAAAACUGUGUCAAGUUCCACUACAUCGGCCCCGGGACUACAUGUCAGGAGGUUUUGCACCACUACAAGAUCACCAUGGCCCAAUUUGCGCAGUGGAAUCCUGCUGUUGGUGAGGAUUGCAAAACUUUGUGGAAGGGUACUUAUGUCUGUGUUGCUGCGGUCUGA